UAGAUAACCAUGGAUCAUGCCUAGCGUGCAUGUUGGCUGUGUAUGGAGAUUGAACCGCAGUAUACUCUACCUUUUUACGAUUCAGUUGUUGUGGAAAUUUUCAGUUUGGCGUGCGUGUAAACUGUAUUGUUUACAGCAAGUGGGGAGUGGGGAAUUAACAGUUCGUUGUAUUUUUAAUUAAACGAUUAAUGUAUUGGAUCAAUUCUACACCCACGUUGCGCACGAUGAUUGGAAUUAGCAGACGAUAGGUUUACAUUCUUAGGAGGCUGGUAUAGCAAGGGGUGCUACUCUGACCGGCGAGUCAAACAUCAAUUGCAGUAAACAUUGGUAGAACUCUAUUAGAGGUUAAGGCAACAUCUCUGAUUCUUUGAUCAGUUUGAUUUUGUCUUCUUUUGUCCCUCCACACGCCUUCGCUUAGGAGGAGGUUUACACACAGACUCGUGUAGUGAUCUCAGGGAGCCAUGCCAGUGGUAGAGGGCGCCCUACACGGUCUCCCGCCGGCGACAGGGCUGUACGACCCGCGCUAUGAGAGUGAUGCAUGUGGGGUCGGCUUCGUUGUCAGCAUCGAUGGCAAUAGGUCACACAAGGUGCUACGGGACUCAGAGACCAUGUUGCGCCGCAUGGAGCAUCGCGGGGCAUGUGGAUGUGACAACGACAGUGGGGACGGUGCGGGUGUGAUGACAGGCAUACCUCACAAGCUGUACCAACGAAUCAUGAGUUCUCAGGGGGUCACCUUGCCUGAUGAAGGCCAGUAUGCCACAGGCCUGAUGUUCAUUGACAAAGAUCAAAGGAAGGAUGUGGAGAACGAGUUUACAGCCAUUGCUGCCAAGUUUGGGCUCUCUGUGAUAGGCUGGCGUGUGGUGGAUGUGGAUGCAAACUUCUGUGGCGAGGUUGCUAAGACACUGGAGCCUCUCAUUCUGCAGGUGUUUGUGACAGGCCAAGCCGAGCGGAUGGAGUUUCUUAGAGAGGUGUACCUACUGAGGAAGUCAUCGACCCACAAGAUCCCUGAGAAGGGCCUGCGCUACUACAUCUGCUCCUUAUCAACCACAACUGUUGUCUACAAGGGUCAGUUGAACACAGCCCAGCUGUGGGGCUACUUCAAGGACCUGAGGGACCCGGACUAUGAGACCCACUUGUCCCUGAUCCACAGCCGCUUCUCGACCAACACCUUCCCGAGCUGGGAGAGGGCUCACCCACAGAGAUACCUGGCUCACAAUGGUGAGAUCAACACUCUGCAAGGCAACGUGAACCUGAUGGCGGCCCGUGAGGGGGUGAUGAAGAGUGCCACCUAUGGGGACCGUCUACAGAACCUGUACCCUGUGGUGGAGUCAGGAAUGUCAGACUCCGGAUGCGUGGACAAUGUGCUGGAGUUCCUAUGUAUGGCAGGAGGUCGUGAGCUGCCCGAGGCCAUCAUGACAAUGGUGCCCGAGGCGUGGCAGAAUGACAAGACGAUGCCCCCAGAGAAGAAGGCAUACUACCGCUGGAGUGCCUUUGCAAUGGAGCCGUGGGACGGACCCGCUCUGCUGACCUUCACCGAUGGUCGCUACAUCGGAGCCAUUUUGGACAGGAAUGGCCUGCGUCCGUCUCGGUUUUACGUCACCAAGGACAACUAUGUGUACAUGUCCAGUGAGGUCGGGGUUACAGACCUCAAGAGUGAGAACGUCAUUCAGAAGGGUAGGCUGAAGCCUGGUCGUAUGUUGCUGGUUGACACCAAGGAGCAGGUGCUCAUGAAGGAUGAGGUGAUCAAGUCUCACCUGGCCAACCUGCGACCUGUGGCCACCUGGCUACAAGAGAUGCUGUCCAUGGCAGAGCUACGUCAGCACCACAGUACGCGGGGGGACCACAGGCGCCGUGCAGUGGACAGGAAGCACAUAGAGCACGGCAGCUGUUUGGAGGAGGACCGCAGGCUUCCUAUGUUUGGCUGGACCACGGAGGCCCUCAACAUGCUUGUACUGCCCAUGGUCAAGGACAAGAAGGAAGCUCUUGGCUCCAUGGGCAAUGACGCCCCCUUUGCCUGCCUGUCCCUCUACAACCCUCCAGUGUUUGACUACUUCAAGCAGCUGUUUGCCCAGGUCACCAACCCACCAAUCGACCCCUUCAGGGAGAAAAUUGUCAUGUCUCUGGCGUGUCCUGUGGGCCCGGAGGCCAACAUCCUGGAGCCCGGGGCGGAGCAGUGUCGGCGCCUGUGGCUGGAGCAGCCCAUCCUGUCCUUGUCGGACUGCGACGUGCUCAAGUACAUCAACUACAGGGGCUGGAAGUGCCGGAUCAUAGACAUGGUUUACCCGGUGAAGAGCGGUCCGGCAGGUCUAGUGGAGGUGCUGAGGAGUCUGUGUGAACAGUCAGAGAGGGCCGCAAGGGAGGGGUACCAGAUCAUAGUACUGUCUGACCGGUCUGCAGGCAAAGAGAAUGUCCCUGUCAGCUCCCUUCUGGCAGUAGGGGCUGUGCAUCAUGACCUCAUCAAGAAGAAACUCAGACUUAAAGUGGGGCUCAUUGUCGAGUCAGGAGAACCCAGGGAGGUCCACCACAUCUGCACACUGCUGGGUUACGGUGCAGACGCCAUCUGUCCGUACCUCGUGUUUGAGACUAUUGCCCGUCUUAGGCAGCAGAGGUUGCUGGACCCGCCACUGUCUGACGAGGAAAUCUUCCUUAACUACCGCGCAGCCUGCGCCAAGGGCAUCUCCAAGGUCAUGGCAAAGAUGGGCAUCUCCACACUGCACAGCUACAAGGGUGCCCAGAUAUUUGAGGCCGUGGGUCUGAACAGGGAGGUGAUGGAGAUGUGCUUCACGGGGUCUGCUUCCCGCAUUGGAGGGAUUGGCUUUACCUACCUCGCUGAGGAGAGCCUGCAGCGACACUGGCUGGCGUAUGCAGAGAUCGAAUGUGACAGCAAGAUUGUCAUGAACCCGGGCAACCUGCACUGGAGGGACGGGGGAGAGAAACACAUGAACGACCCCCUCUCUGUGGCUAACCUACAGGAAGCAGCAAUGAAUAACAGCAAGGAUGCAUAUGCAAGGUUUGCUGAGACAUCGCUAGAAUCUGCUCGUGCCUGCACACUGAGGGGACAGCUUGACUUCAAGUUUUCUGAGACCACCUUGGACCUGUCAGAGGUGGAGGAGGCAGCAGGCAUUGUGAAGAGGUUCUGUACAGGAGCGAUGAGUUUUGGCAGCAUCUCUAUUGAGGCUCACACCACCCUGGCUAUAGCGAUGAACCGUAUCGGGGCCAAGUCCAACACUGGAGAAGGGGGAGAGAACCCUGACCGCUACCUCAAUGAGGACCCACAGUUCAACAAGAAGUCCAAGAUUAAGCAGGUGGCGUCCGGCAGGUUUGGUGUGACCAGCUCCUACGUGAGUCAUGCUGACGAGCUCCAGAUCAAGAUGGCGCAGGGAGCCAAGCCAGGGGAGGGCGGGGAACUACCAGGUCACAAGGUGUCUAAGGACAUAGCAAAGACCCGUCACUCAGUCCCCGGGGUGGGUCUAAUCAGUCCCCCGCCCCACCACGACAUCUACUCUAUUGAAGACCUGGCAGAGUUGAUCUAUGACCUGAAGAGUUCCAACCCGAAGGCACGUAUCAGUGUGAAGCUUGUGUCAGAGGUUGGAGUCGGAGUCAUCGCUUCCGGGGUUGCAAAGGGUAAGGCGGAACACAUUACGAUAUCUGGCCACGAUGGUGGUACUGGGGCAAGUAGCUGGACGGGCAUCAAGAGUGCAGGGUUGCCCUGGGAACUGGGCAUCUCGGAGACCCACCAGGUGCUCACACUCAACAACCUGCGCUCCAGAGUUGUUCUGCAGGCAGACGGACAGAUCAGGACAGGUCGUGAUGUGGUGAUUGCUGCCAUGCUUGGCGCUGAUGAGUUUGGGUUCAGCACUGCACCGCUCAUAGCACUGGGCUGCACGAUGAUGAGAAAGUGUCACCUCAACACCUGCCCUGUCGGCAUAGCAACACAGGACCCAGUAUUGAGGGCCAAGUUUGCAGGCAAGCCAGAGCAUGUUAUCAACUACUUGUUUAUGAUUGCUGAAGAGGCAAGAGACCUUAUGGCAAAGAUGGGCAUUAGAAAAUUCCAAGAUCUGAUUGGGCGAACAGACCGGCUCAAGUUUAGUCCCGCCCCUAACAACCCUAAGGCCAAACUGCUGGACUUCUCAGCCAUAUUAAAGAGCGCACUGGACAUGCGCCCCAACACCAACAUUGUGGGAGGUUCUGUGGCGCAAGACUUCCAGCUAGAGAAGAAGAUUGACUACAGGGUGAUAGAGCAGGCUCUACCCGUGAUAGAGGGCAAACAGAAGCAGGUAGUCAUCAACAUGUCCAUCACCAAUGAGGACCGCACCUUCGGAGCCACCCUUAGCAACCUCGUAUCACUGAAGACCAUUGAGACAGGACUGCCAGAAAAAAGCAUUGUGAUCAACAUGAAGGGGUCAGGAGGUCAGAGCUUCUGUGCCUUCCUAGCCAGGGGUAUACAUGUGACACUGGAGGGAGAUGCUAAUGACUAUGUAGGCAAGUCCCUGUCUGGGGGAGAGAUCGUGAUCUUCCCACCCAAGGACAUGCCUGCAGAGUUUCUGUCUGAGGACAACAUUAUUGUGGGUAAUGUGGUCCUGUAUGGGGCCACUGCCGGCAGGGCUUUCUUCAGGGGACAGGCUGCGGAAAGGUUCUGUGUGAGAAACUCUGGCGUCACUGCAAUCUGUGAGGGCUGUGGUGAUCAUGGCUGCGAGUACAUGACAGGAGGCAAAGUUGUGGUCCUUGGCAAGACUGGAAGGAACUUCGCUGCAGGCAUGUCGGGUGGAAUAGCCUAUGUCUACAACAAAUGGGCUGAUUUUGAUGCGAAGUGCAACCAGGAGUCGGUGGCCUUGGAGCAACUUGAUCUUCCAGAGGAUUUACAGUUUGUGCAGGGUCUGCUGGCUGAGUUUGUUGAGAAGACUGGCUCCAGUCUCACACAGAACAUACUGGACAACUGGGUCACAGAGAGGGCACACUUUGUCAAGGUGUUCCCACACGAGUACCGAAGAGUUCUGGAAGAGCAGGCAAGGGAAGCAACUACAGUGAAGCUUGAAAUUACCUCUCCUAAGGAGGAAUAUUCCACAGACUCUUCUUUGGGUCACAUUCCCAAUGGAGUGACGUCAAAGACAAGCGAUGACUCGUCAGAGGAGGAGGAUAUUGAAGCCCCCAAGAAUGACUACAAGGAUGAGAUGAUCAACCCCAUCGACGAUGUGGACCCCAACAGGAAAGAGUCUGAACUCAUCAAGGAGGCAAUAGAGGCAGAGGAAAAUGGUGAGAAGGCAGAUGAUGUGGACGGCAAGCAGAAGGAGGUCAGUAAGCACCUGACCCCGCGGGAGGAGGCUAAAGUGCUGGACAUUGAGGAGACAAUCACAGACGUCGAGAUGGAGCAGAAGAAAUUAGACAAACUCAGAGGGUUUGUGAAGUACAAGCGUGCCACAUACCAGUACCGAGACCCAGCGCUGCGUCAGAAAGACUGGAAGGAGAUCUACAACCACCGCCAGGUCAAGGAGGGACUACGUAUGCAGGCCGCGCGCUGUAUGGAUUGCGGUGUGCCCUUCUGUCAGUCUGAUCAUGGCUGUCCCCUUGGCAACAUCAUUCCCAAGUGGAACGACCUCGUGUUUAGAGGCAAUUGGCAUGAGGCCCUGGCCCAGCUCCUGCAGACCAACAACUUCCCAGAGUUCACUGGCAGAGUGUGCCCUGCGCCAUGUGAGGGAGCCUGUGUGCUUGGUAUCCAUUCCCCAGCAGUGACGAUCAAGAACAUUGAGAAUACGAUCAUAGAUAAUGCGUUUGAGCAGGGCUGGAUCCGUGCAGAGGUGCCUGCACACCGCACUGGCAAGAAGGUGGCCAUUGUAGGCAGUGGACCCGCAGGGCUGGCCGCUGCAGCUCAGCUCAACAAGGCGGGUCAUCAUGUGACAGUGUACGAGAGAAAUGACAGAGUUGGUGGUCUCCUUAGAUACGGCAUUCCAACAAUGAAACUCUCCAAGGGGGUUGUAGAGCGGCGUGUACAGCUGAUGACGGAUGAAGGCAUCCAGUUUGUGACCGGGGUGGAAAUAGGCAGGGACAAGCCUGCUGCAGACCUCCUAGACAACUAUGAUGCCACCCUGCUUGCCAUGGGCGCCACCUGGCCUAGGGACCUCAAUAUACCAGGUCGACAGUUGGAUGGUAUCCACUUUGCAAUGUCGUUCCUGGAAACGUGGCAGAAGAAGCAGCAGGGUAACAAUCUGGAGUACCUCAAGUUGUAUGCACAGGACAAGGAUGUUGUGGUGAUUGGUGGAGGAGACACGGGAUGUGACUGCAUCGCUACUUCCCUCAGACAUGGAGCCAAGUCUAUCACAUCGUUUGAGAUCCUGCCCCCACCCCCACCCAGCCGAGCCCCUAACAACCCCUGGCCCACUUACCCGCGGGUCUUCAAGAUGGACUACGGCCAUGAGGAGGUGGAACUGAAGUUUGGACAUGACCCGCGCAUCUUCAACAUCACCAGCACGGAGUUCCUGGAUGACGGUACAGGCAAGGUGUGUGGUAUCCAAACCCACCUGGUGGAGUGGACCAAGGACUCUGCAGGGCGCUGGGAAAUGAAGCCCAUACCAGGUUCAGAGAAGGUGUACAAGGCUGACCUGGUGCUGCUGGCCAUGGGGUUCUUGGGGCCAGAAAAGUCCAUACUGCAGGAGAUGUCUCUCAAGAUGGACCCCAGGGGCAACGUACAGACAGAUAGGAACAAGUACGCUAGUAGCGUGCCCAAAGUGUAUGCAGCUGGAGACUGUCGUCGUGGUCAGUCACUCGUUGUGUGGGCAAUCAAUGAAGGUCGUCAGGCCGCCAGGCAGAUUGACCUUGACCUCAUGGGAAAGACUUCCCUGGCAGGCCCGGGCGGCAUCGUAUACCAACCUGAAUAGAAACUGGCCUACCGCUAGAGAUACCUGAAUGUCUAUCAACAUGAAUAAAAACUACAGAUGUUGUAUUUGUUUAACUGGAGACUGUGCUGCACGGAAAAAUAAAAUCAUUCACACAAGUAUAAAAACAAAUGUUAUUAGAAUUAUUUUGUUAAAGAUGUAAAUGCAUUAUGCACAAUUAGUUUUUAUUGUUAUGUAGAUUUGUUGUUAUGUACAUACAUUACAGUCGAAACCUGAUGGCUGGAACUCGUCGGGACCGGCAACAAUAGUUCGAGCCAUCCAGAAUUCGAGCAAUCCGAUUUCUCAUAAACUUUUGUUUAUGAACAAGUCUGCAGUACAUUUUCACCUCCAGUUGAAGAGUACACAUAUUGUUUACCACCGUACUACUUUAAACUACUUACUGCUUUUGAAUUCAUAAGUUAAUAAGAAAAAAAUAUAUAAUUUAUACUUUAAUUUAUGAAUAUUUUAAAACAAUUACAAAUACAAUUAACAAAUACUAGUAGCAUUUAGUAAAUAUCAGCACGUUUUAGCGUAACACAUUUUAAGGUACAAAACAUACAUCAGCACUAUAUACAAAUUAUUUACAUACGAGUUAGCACUACAUUCCAUUAUUUAUAAUUUUUUAGCUCACCUGUCACAAAGUGACAUGGUGAGCUUAUGUGACCGUGUGAUGUCCGGCGUCCGUAUGUGCUUGCGUGCGUCCGUCAACAAUUUGUUUGUGUAGACAGUAGAGGUCACAGUUUUCAUCCAAUCUUUAUGAAAUUUGGUCAGAAUGUUUAUAUUGAUGAAAUCUGGGUUGGGAUUGUAUUUGGGUCAUCUGGGGUCAAAAACUAGGUCACUAGGUCAAAAACUAUGUCAAAUAAUAGAAAAACCUUGCGUAGACAAUAGAGGUUGCAGUUUUCAUCCAAUCUUUAUGACAUUUGGUCAGAAUGUUUAUCUUGAUGAAAUCUGGGUUGGGAUUGUAUUUGGGUCAUCUGGGGUCAAAAACUAGGUCACUAGGUUAAAAACUAGGUCAAAUAAUAGAAAAAUCUUGUGUAGACAGUAGAGGUCACAGUUUUCAUCCAAUCUUUAUGAAAUUUGGUCAGAAUGUUUAUCUUGAUGAAAUCUGGGUUGGAAUUGUAUUUGGGUCAUCUGGGGUCAAAAAGUAGGUCACUAGGUCAAAAACUAGGUCAAAUAAAUAGAAAAACCUUGUGUAGACAGUAGAGGUCACAGUUUUCAUCCAAUCUUUAUGGCAUUUGGUCAGAAUGUUUAUCUUGAUGAAAUCUGGGUUGGGAUUGUAUUUGGGUCAUCUGAGGUCAAAAACUAGGUCAAAUAAUAGAAAAACUGUCAACAAUUUGUUUGUGUAGACAGUAGAGGUCACAGUUUUCAACCAAUCUUUAUGAAAUUUGGUCAGAAUGUUUAUCUUGAUGAAAUCUGGGUUGGGAAUGUAUUUGGGUCAUCUGGGGUCAACAACUAGGUCACUAGGUCAAACACUAGGUAACUAGGUCAAAAACUAGGUCACUAGGUUAAAUAAUAGAAAAACCUUGUAUAGACAAUAGAGGUCGCAGUUUUCAUCCAAUCUUUAUAAAAUUUGAUCAGAAUGUUUAUCUUGAUGAAAUCUGGGUUGGGAUAGUAUUUGGGUCACCUGGGGUCAAAAACUAGAUCACUAGGUCAAAUAAUAGAAAAACCUUGUGUAGACAAUAGAAGUCACAGUUUUCAUCCAAUCUUUAUGAAAUUUGGUCAGAAUGUUUAUCUUGAUGAAAUCUGGGUUGUUAUUGUAUUUGGUUAGUCAGGUGAGCGAUUCAGAGCCAUCAUGGCCCUCUUGUUUAAGAAUGACAUUAUGUCCGUCUGUGUUGUGUUCCGUAGCUAUCGUCGAAAAACGAAGCUUUUUAGCGAUUUAGCCGUUGCAGCCAGUAUAAUAAAGCAUCUACAAGAACGCCAGCUCUUAUACAAAAUGUCAUUUUUUACUCAAAUCAAUUAACGAUUGAGUCGAUGGCAUGUUAGCAAACAGGGGUUAAAUCAAUUAUUGCAUGCCUUUUAUCAAGCGGUCAUAAUCGAUUAACAGUUUAUGCGACCUGUGUUAAAUCAAUUUGUGCGUGCCUUUAAUCAAGUGGUCCUAAACGAAUAACACUUUUUGGGACUUGAAGCGAGUCCAAGCCAUCCGAACAAAAGAAAGUGUAAAAACUGUAGCCCGGACUGUGAAAACAGUUUGAGCUAUCCGAUAAUUUGAGCCAAGCAAGUUCGAGCCAUCCGACAAAAUUUUAUAUGAAUAUAUAGGCAUACAAAAUUGGUGCUUUGAUGCGAGUUUGAGCCAACCGGAAAUUCGAGCCAAGCGAGUUCAAGCCAUCGGGUUUCGACUGUACUAUAUAAUUUAUAUGCACAAAAUAAAUGCAUGCAAAGACUUCCUGUUGUAAGACAUUGAUGUCUGCCAUUGUCUGGCAACCUGUUUACCCUCCAUACAUAUCAUAGAAGUGUUAGAGAGUAAUCCAACUGGUCUUCAAGACAUCAGGCAAUCUAUUAAGCUUACAUGUUCAUGCAACUAAUUGCAGCACAUUGUUUGGAAUCUAGUGUAGUCUCUUUAAUUUUUGAAAAUUUAAAUAUGAGAUGACUAGAUUCAUUAUUGGAAUAAAACUUUUCAAAUUAAAUGGGAAAACAACUUAAAAAGUAGUGUUUGCGAUUACACUUUAGAAAUACAUAAUUCAGUAGUCAGAGAACUGUUUAGUCUUUUGUGAGUUAUAACUUGUGUCUAGUGUAGUGGGAUAUUAGUAAAGUAGGUAAAAAUACACUUCAUAUGUACUUCAUAAAAUACACAUAUGUUCUUCAAUAAUAAUAAACCGCUUUUUAGCUCGACUAUUAUAUAUGAAAUAUAUAUAGUGGAGCUAUCCUACUCACCCCGACGUUCCCGUUAGCAUUAGCGUGCAAAUGUUAAAGUUUGCAUACCACCCCAAAUAUUUCCUAUGUCCUUUGACAUAUUGCUUUUAUAUUUUGCAUACUUCUUUACCAACAUGACCCCAAUCUAUAAACAAGAGCAGACAACUGUAUCAAGCAUUUUGACAGAAUUAUGGCCCCUUUUAUACUUAGAUAAUUGAGCAUUUUGCUUAAAUUGCCAUAACUUCUUUAUUUAUGAUCACAUUUGAUUCAUACUUUGACAAAACAACACUUAUCUGACAUACCACAAUGCACUCCACCCAAACCAUCCCCCAUGCCCCACCCCAGAAUUCCCUCCCCCCCCCCCAAAAAAGAUCAUCUAUUAAAUGACCACACUCCCACAUUAUACCCCCCUCUCCAUGAUGGCUUACGUUAUACUGUCAAGCACUCGAAUAGUCGAGUAUGCUGUCCUCUGAAAGCUCUUGUUUUAUUUGUUUUGAUUUGUACAGUCUUGUUUUAACAGGGUUAUUUAAAUGAAAGCCUAUAUUUAAAUAAGCUUCUUGUUUCUUUGUUUGAGUUCUGUUUGUUUUGAUUUGGAAGGAAUAUAUAUCUCUGAGGUAGGCACAUGACCAUACAAUGUGUUUUUUCUUUGUUAUUCUUAGUAUCUUGUUUCUUUGUGCUAUUUCACAUCAGUUUUGCUUUUGCAUUUUUAUUUGAGUUGGAGGCAUAAAGCACUGCACUUGUCUGUCUGUCAGUCCAUCCACAUGUCCCAAAGCUUGGGUUUUGAACUUUUACUAUUGCAAAAAAUGUCACAGCUGAAUGGCCUUCCUGUGUAGAUGAUUUUAAAAAAAGUUUUGCUGCUACAAGUUUUGAAAGAAUUGUUUUCUUUGUUUUACCUCUAUAGAAUAUAUAGUCCCAGGAUGAUUGUGUAAACUUCUCUAACUGCUGGGUGGAUCUUGUUCAAUCUUUCAAAAUUGAAUUACCUAAAUGUAAAGAUGAUUGUAAAGAAAGGAAUUUUGGCUGCAACUUGCUUUGUUAUAAUUAUACAUGCAUGUAGUGUAUAUGAACAUAAGGAAAAGAAUUUUGACUGCAACCUGUUUUGUCCGAAUUAUAUGCCUUUUGGUUUGUGUCCACUUCAUAAUCUAUAGUGGUCUGUGUGCAAAAAUGCGGUGUGGGGACAUCAAUGUCUAUUAUUCAUUUCUAGUUAUGUUUUGUUAUAUACAUUUUUUGUACUUGUGAAAAUUCAGCCAAUGACAGAUCUGAGAUUGCUAAACCGAUCAAAGUUAGUCAUGCUUGCCAUAUGAUAGUACUACAGUUAUUGUAAAAUGGGUCUAAAAGAACCAUUUUGAUGUCUAUGGUGGCUGUGUAUUCAGAUUUAUUUCAACUAAAAGACAACUCUGUGAAGUUUCACACAUGGUUACUGUUCCUGACACAUCGCUGUGGCAAAACGGUCUGUCAUUAUUUCUGCCGAGGUCUCUGUUCUAAGAUCAUGCAGGCUUAUGAACAGAAGGACUAUGCUAGUAUCCAAACUAAGCCUGGCCAUUCACAAGACACUGGAAGUGUACUUGAACAUUAUAUUUUAAGCAGGUAAUUUAAACAUUUAGUAUGUCACACGGGUAUUUCAAAUCUUUUGACUUGCCUGUAUAAGGUAAUUGCUCCUUAAUAUAUACCACUGUUUAAGAGAUAUUAGAGCAAACAAGUUCUUUAUAUCAUAUAAGCAGCUCUAAAAACUUCCUAUGCAUGUACAGAUAUUUUAAGAUUGCAGUUUUAUUUUAUUGUGUCACUCCUUGGAAUAAUAAUUAUGAGUUGACACGGAUCAAUUGAUGAUGAAUGUCUUUAUUACUGAUAGUUUUAUAAAAAUGUGUGCUUUUAAAUAGAUGCGCAAAUUCUACUUUACAAUAAUGCCAAAAAUUCUAACUCUUUCAUAUUACUGGUAAUGGUUGUUAAAUGAUAAAAUAACGUUCGUAGAUGUAUUUUAUUUAUAUUCAAGAGUGUAUAGAUCAUGUGAUUUACUGUUAUAGUACACUUCAUAACAUACAUCAACACACAAUGUGGUAACAUGCGAUAAUAUGGCACAUUUUCUGUGAAAAUGAAAGCCUCGUUGUGGGAAAAUGGAGUUUAAUGCAUGUUCCUUAAGUGUCGUCCCAGAUUACUCUGUGCAGUACGCUCAGGCUUUUCACAAACCUCACUUUCCGCCCAGUCAGGAUUAUUGGUAAGAGGAGACUUCAGCUAAACAAAAAAUUCCAUAAAAGCGGGCUAAUUGGAGAGGACACUUUUCGAACAUGUUUUAAGCCAUGUUAUCCCAGAGAGCAGCUCAUUUGUAGAUUCCGAUUUGAAAGAAUAUUUUAAACGAAUCAGAAAAUAGUAGUUUGGAAGUGCCAUGUAACGAAAUAAAAUAUUUUACACAUUUUUGGACUGAACAAAUAAUAUGUCAGCACUGUUACCAAUACCUGUAUUAUAAAUAAAUGUAGAGUUUUGAAAUUGAAUUCAGUAACUAGACAUCUUCAGCACUACCUUAGUUGCAAAAUGCUCACUGGCAUGAUAGGGCUUGCAAUGUGUGUAACAUUGAAACAAUAUAUAGUUUGGUUGACAGUUUUCUGGAUAAUAUUUUGAAAUAUUGUCACUCAUACACAGUCGUGAUUUUGUGUUUUGUUUUCAAUUAAUACAAUUUUUGCUUACGUUUUUUUUAAAUUUUUACCUUUGUUAAAAACUUAAAAUAAAUUUAAUUUUAAAACUGAAAAUAACAAUUGUUUUGGUGUGUGAUUUGUUUGCUUCUUGUAUUUGCAUGAUACUGAAUAAAAAUAAGUUGUGUUUA